CGGAGGAACCGUAACCCUCUCUCAGUGUCGUCUCGACACAUCGCUUCUGGAGGAAUCCUCCUCCCGGGUUUCUCUAUGUUUUGUACUCGAUUUUUUGGGAGAAAAAGGUGGUCUUUUUUAGUUUCUAUGGGAAAGGAAGACAGUCUGCCACAGCAGCUGAAGGAAAUCGAUGUCUUUUCUUGUAAUUUAUGUGCAUGCGUGGAUAGCUUGGUGUCUGACUUUAUGAAAUGAGAUUCAGCAAUUGCUAUUCUCAACAAGCAUCAUCCAUAAUCAAUCAAAAAAUCAGUUGAAAAAUGGUUUGAGAUUUAAGCAGGCAGGUGUGGUUCAAGCUCUCCAAAAUGAAACUGAUUUGGGAGUCAAUCAGGCAGGCUUGGAUCAAGCAGCUUCUAGUUUCCCAGAUUCAGAAAUAAAAAGGAUAUCUGGGAGUCUGAUUGCUUGAAUUGGUCUCUGAAAGGUCAGUUAUCUUCAAUGUCAUCAUUGCCUGGAAGUUCUGAUGUUACUUCAGACAAGAGCAAUGAAGCUUUUGUUUAUAAUGGGUCAAAGUCUAUCCAUAUAAAUGAAAUUUCCUUAGUUCUCGGCAGACAAUUGGCCAUCGAGGUAAAAGAUGUGGAGGAAUUAAUACAAGGAGAUGUUGGAAGCCAAGAAAAAGAUUCUUCAGUUGCCCAUCCAGAGUGCCUUACUUCUCACUGUCCUCUACGUGAGGACACAUCAAUCAGCAACAGUUUAUGUGCAUUUCCUAGUACAUAUGUGGAUACACCAUGGGAUCUUGAUAGAACAGACAUAUGGGUAUCUUCAUUGGAUCUGGAGAGAGAAGACUCUGAGCUACUAAAGGAUAGAGAAGAAGAGUUUGACAUUUUUAUUUCUGAUUUUCCCAGCCCUUCUUUGGGUGCAAUGGGACAUCUGCAAAUUUGGUCUUUGGGUUCUAGAUCUCUAAUUUCUGGUGGUCAAGAAGAAAAAUUCAAAAACACUACUACGGAUUCAGAUGAACCUCUUUAUUGGCCAUUUAACCACAACUUGUACAAUGGUCUGGAUUUUGAGAAUUUUUUAUGCCCAUCACCUUGUAAGGAUGCAAGGAACAUUGGCAUUGCAGGAUUUCCUGAUUCAAAAUUAACCAGGUUGAGACUCCAUCAGAACAGACUACAAGUUGACAGGAAGGACAGUCAAAGAAUUGGAAGAAGGAUUACAAUUAGUCCGAAACCAGCGGCUGUUACCACUGAACAUGAAACAAGAGUUGCGGGCAACGGUGCUCAGAGGUCGGCUCUGAUGUCAUCAAGGUUGAGCAGAUCAUUCAAAACUCCUUCCUAUCAGCAUCCAUGGAAUAUCUCCAAGAGAAGAGGAAGGCCUCAGUUAAAGAUAAGUGUCGGGAAACAUGGUGGUAGCAGCACUGAGUUGUUGAAUCAACCUCUGAAGGAACUUGAAUUACAUGAUUCAGUCUUUGAAGGGAAUUCAAUUGAAAAAAUUGUUGGCCUGAAUGAAUUUGAUGGCCAUGAAGGCAUCAAUGUGGAUUGCGAGGAACAGUUUAUUCUUCAAUCAUCUCCUUAUAGGGGAUUAAUUCCUUUGAAAACCAUCGAGCGUGUCAGAGGACAGUGUUGAUUACAAGGGUGCAACUUUUAGGUUCUGAGCCGUGUAAGAUCGACCUUAUUCUAGAUGGUGUUUUCAUUAAGCAUGUUGAAGUUUGUGAAAACUGCAUUCAAUAGCAGAUGUAUUGGUCUCCUUCACACGAUUCUAUGAAGCAUUCUGGAUAGCAACAGCCGUUCUAGUUUAUUUUGCUUCAGUACAUCACUGAAAUUUGGAGCAACACAGUGGUGCAUUGAAUGUGUCGGUGAUUGAUCACACAAGAAGAGCAUUUGAGGUGAUUACUCAUCAUUUUAAGUAAUAGUUAAACAAAAGAACGGCAGUAGUCAAACUCUCAGUUAGUAAAGUCAAAAGGCAACUUUCCUGUCUGUAGCGAAGGAGUGGUGCAUUAAUUAGUCAUUAUUACAUUCAUAAGUCCACAGUCUAAUAGUGUAAUCUGCUUCCCAUGUCUCUUACCACCAUUGAGCAUGAGUUUGAUGCUUGUUUUGAAAGAAAAGCAUCAUCUGAAACAAUAGUGAUUUCUAAGUCGAUAUGGCUUUUCUCAGAUGAGCAGUGUCUAUGUGGCCCUGUUGUGCUCUAGUGAGGUGUGCAAGUCUCUCGACCGGCAUUGUAGAUAUCUUUUACAAACAUUUUAAUCUCUGGAGUUAUACAUUACUUUAUAU